AUUCAGAAAUAGCUACGGUGUCGUUUUAUAUAAAAUUUUCACCGUUUCUUGUUUUACAAAGAACGGCACUUCGAGUUCGAGCCUCGACUCUGGUGGUUCCCGAGUGGGCAGGGGCAACAAACUCGAUCCAGAAAAUACGAAGAAAGCCUCAAAUCUUCUUUGAGACACAGCAUUGAAUCGCCGAUAAUAGGCAAUGUCGUCAGUAUACGUGUUGGAGCCACCAACGAAGGGGCUGGUUAUACUGAACACGAUGUACACCAUAUUUGAUCGAUUCAUCAAGGGCUUCAUUGUCCAGAGCGGCGAUCCCACCUGCACGGCUGCACCGGCGAAGUUUUCAGGUUACUGGGGAAGUGGGGAUUCAAUAUAUAAUCUUCUUAGCCUUGGUGAGGUUGAAACUGAUAAAGAUGAUCGGUCUUUGGAUCCACCCCCAAGAAUAAAAUCAGUUGAGGUUUUGUUGUAUCCAUUUGAAGAUGUUGUUCCAAGGGGACCUCCAAAGCCUAUCUUUCAAUCCACAACUGAUACGGAAAACAAGGACCCAAAGAAGAAAGCUGUGAAAAAGCUGAACUUGCUUUCUUUUGGAGGAGAAACUGAAAAAGAAGAGAAGGAAUUGGCAACUGUAAAUGAUGCUCCCCUCCUUAACGAAGAAAUUCCAAUUGCAGAAGUGGAUCAUAUGUCUCGCAAUGUGGACCACCCAAAUGAUUAUGUUGUGCAUGACCCACUUGUGGAGAAGGGAAAGGAGAAUACGCAAGCCAAGCAAAAGAGACGAGAACGGGAAUGGGCGGGCAAAUCUCUUACUUGAUUUGUGCUGUGAAAAUUGCCAAACUCUUGAGCUUUUGGUUUAUAUAGGAUUAAAUGAAUGAAUUGGGGACCAAAAAUGCCAGUGGAAGAUGGGGAGCAAUUUUGACUAACUUGUUCUUACCUCGAGGUUUCCUUUUAGCAAGAGGGUCUUCAAUAACUAAAAGGUACAAUUCUACAGCUGCUUCUCACCACCUCCUGGUAUAGUG